AUGGCGAUUGGUGAUGCUUCAGGACUUGGCUCUGAAGGCUCAGAUUAUUCCUCAGUGGGAUGGUUACCUGGUACUGAAUCCCUGUGGCAGUCCACAACCAUUUCAUCAAGCAGUCAGAACAAUCCUGUCAGAAGACACAGUAUAGCUUCCGACAGCGGGGACACUGGGAUUGGUACCUCCUGUUCUGAUAGUGUGGAAGAUCAUUCGACUUCAAGUGGUACAUCCUCGUUUAAGCCCAGCCGAUCACUGGUUUCUAUUCCCACUGCCCAUGUGAUGCCGUCUAAUGCCAGCUCUUCACUUUCCAAACACAGGGAAGCUUUCAAGUCUGAUGGCUCAAAAUGGAGUACAAGCUUUGUACGGUCAGGAGGAGGCAGAAAUCAGGGUGCACUGGACAGUUCUCUUGACAUGAAGGAUGUAAGACCUGUAAGAAAAUGGUCCUCCUUGUCUAAACUCAGCUCACCAAAUACCUUCAGCCAAGAUGGUAGUGGUCACUCAGUGGACUCCAGGGCUAGUACAGACAAAGCUGUAUCACUGCAAUUAAGGACAAAUGGGCCAAGUUGUUUGCAUGAUAGCAUGGAGUUGCUAAAAAUUGAGGACAAAGAAAUGGGGAAAAAACGAUCUUCUCUACUGGACUGCAAAUACAAAUUUGAAACGUGCAGCAAAGAUGAUUUUGUUUCAGAUUCCUCAAGUAGGAGACAUGCCUUAGACUUGACCUACAGUGCCUUACCUGAAAGCAAACCUACGGCAGCCAGUUGUGAAGCUUUCGGACAGAGAUAUGCAACUCUGGGACAGCAGGCUGUGAGCGGAGCUCCCAUACAGCCAGCAGUGAGGACUCAAAUGUGGCUUAAAGAACAGUUACGUGCAAAUCCCCUGGACUGCAGGACUGCUGAGGAACCUUACGGCGUAGCUGCAUGGCAUGUGCAGCAGCUUGAAGAUUUUAGAACGGAAGGUGAACAGCCUGUGCAGGUUCCGACUGGAACAUCUCGUCAAAGUUACCCAGCUACCAGCUAUCAGGACUUCAGCAACUGGGAAUCUCUAAUGAAAAUUAAAGAGGGGCUGCUAAGACAGAAAGAGAUUGUGAUCGAUAGGCAAAAACAGCAAAUUAACAAUUUACAUCAGAAGAUAAGGGAGAAUGAAUUAAGAGCUCAACAUGCAAGAUUGAGCCAUCUUGUUAACUGCGAAGAACCUUACAUGGCUAAUUUGCAGCAGCCACAGUAUGAGAGCACAUCACUUCAACCUCACAUUUCAGAAAGAUCAACAUCCCACCUUGAGGAGCUUGAGCGAAAGAUUGCAGCAGCUGAGAAUAAGGAAUUACAACUCAGUGAAUUUAUAAAACAAAUUUCAAACAAAUCUAGUGAGGAGAAAAAGAAGAUGGAGGAGAAACUUAAAACUAGAGACCGAUAUAUUAAUAGCCUGAAAAAGAAAUGCCAGAAAGAGUCUGAGCAAAACAAAGAAAAACAAAGACGAAUUGAAACCUUAGAAAAAUAUCUGGCUGACCUACCAACGCUGGAUGAUAUAGAAGGUCAGACUAAACAGCUGCAAAUUCUAGAAGAGAAGAACAAGCAACUUCAAGAAACUAUGACAGAAUUAGAAAAGAAGCUCGGAGAGGCCCGAUCGCAGUGCAGAGAGAGAGAACUGCAACUGGUGUGUCAGAAGAAAAAAGAAAAAGAGCUGGUCACAACAGUACAGAGUUUACAACAGAAAGUAGAAAAAUGCCUGGAAGAUGGUAUUCGCCUUCCCAUGUUGGACACAAAACAACUUCAAAGCGAGAAUGAAAGUCUGAAAGAAAAGAAUGAGAAAGCCAGUAAGGUCAUAGACAAUCAACAAAAUCAGAUAGCUGGACUGAUUUUAGACAUGCAGUCUAUGCAAGAGAAGCUUUUGCAAGAAAAGCUGAUAGUUCAGAAGAUGACAAAUGAACUUGAAGAAAAAGAAAGGAAUAUAGAGCAGUUAAAUAAAACUCUCUCUGAAAACCAAAGACUGAUGGAAGAGAAUGCCUCCCUAAAGGAGCAGAUGCGGCAGGUGGAGCAGUCCAGGCAACCAGUAUCUGAGAAGAUGCCUAUAGCAGACCAGUUGUUCAAGGAAAUGUCCCAUUGCUUGUUUGACUUGAAAGCACUGUGCAGUAUUCUUACCCAGAGAGCUCAGGGCAAGGAGCCUAACCUUUCCUUACUGCUGGGAAUCAGAUCUCUGAACUGUUCGUCUGAAGAGAAUGAAAAUUACCACAGCACAGAAACCCUUUCGAAGAAGCUCUUGGACGUUUGUCAGUUACGAAAGGAUAUUGAUGAAUUAAGGACUAUAAUGUCGGACCGUUAUGCUCAGGACAUGGGGGACAAUUGCAUUACUCAGUGACAACGUUUCAUCUAGUAGCAAAUGACUUAUUAAAUGCUGCUGUGUCACAGG